AUGGACGACUACGACGCUGGAGUGAACCACUUGGUCUCCGGUGUCCUGAAGCUCAACUACCGUCUUUUGGACGAGCCUGAUGACCCUCCGGACCCUGGCGAGUCAUCUUCUUCCACAUCGCCCGAGAAAACUCCUCCUCGGCCUAUUCCUUUAGUUGUGGAUAGCCCCAGCCCCUUUGCUUCCAAAAAUGGCAGCGAGGAUGCUUUCGACACGGUUCCUGACUUGCCGCAACACGGUAUUCCCAUGAAAGUGCGCCGUAGAAGCAGCGUAUCUUCUGCGUAUGAAGUCGAACUUGGCGAAUCUUACGUUUCUUCAUCUUUGAAAACGAGCCACGUUUCCGAUUAUAAGCCAAAGUUGGACGACUUUGAGCCCAUUAAGGUACUUGGUCAAGGUUCCUAUGGGAAAGUGCUCUUGGUGAGAGAAAAGGUAACCGGCAAGCUCUUUGCUCAGAAACAGUUGCACAAAGCUUCAUUGAUAAUUAACGAGACUAACGAGGUCCACAAGACAAACUAUCAACGGACCCUCAACGAAAAGAGCAUUUUGGAGAAGGUUGCACAUCCCAACAUUGUAAAGCUCUACUAUGCUUUCCAAGACCACAAUAAAGUAUACCUCAUAUUAGAGUACUUAGACGGAGGUGAGCUUUUCCAUCACUUAGCACAGCAAAAGUUCAUGAGUGAGAAAGACGCCUCCUACUACAUCGCCCAAAUUGCCUUGGCCUUGCGUUACUUGCACAACUACUUGAAAGUCAUCUAUCGAGACUUGAAACCUGAAAACUGCAUGCUCAACGCUGAUGGUAAUUUGGUCCUUACAGACUUUGGUCUUUCCAAGGUCUCGUCGAGAGACGAAACUCGCCAUUCUAUGAUUGGAACUGCUCAGUACAUGGCACCCGAAGUUAUCUUAGGCAAGGAUUAUGAUUUCUCCGUCGACUGGUGGUCUUUAGGCUGUGUUGCAUUCGAUAUGCUCACAGGAUCACCUCCCUUUACUGGUCAUACCAACGAGAAGAUCAUGGAUAAGGUCGUCCAUUCCAAGAAGUAUUUGAAAUUCCCAUUUUAUCUUUCAGUGGAUGCAAAGGAUCUUCUUCGUAAACUCUUACAGCCAGACCCAAAGAAAAGACUUGAUGUCGACACUGAGUUUGAGAAAUUCAAAGGCCAUAGAUUCUUUCGGUAUUUGGACUGGAAAGAAGUGGAAAAUUCUGCAGAGCAAGACAUACCAAUUCUUCCACCAAUAUUACCAGUCAUCACAGAUCCUAUAUUGGCAGAAAACUUCGAUGAUGAGUUCACGAGCAUGACCUUCACUCCUCAGGAAUCAAAAGCAUUGUUUCCGGCUAGCAAAAGUCCUGGUGACAUUUUGCAUGUUAAUGGAUUCACGUACACCAACGAGAGCUACUUGAUGACCACAUUGAGAGAGAAGGCCAUCUAA